AUGGCACGCGACAGCAGCUCCGCUCCUCCCCUCCUCUCGCUCUCGCUCUCUCCCUCGCUCCUCGUCGCGACCGCCGAGGCUCCCCGCACCCUGUGCGCGGCGCAGCGGCGUUCCCCGGCAUGGCGCCAUGGUGCACCGUCCAACGCCGAUGGCCGCGGCCGCGUCCGAGCCCCUGCUCCCCCCCGGCGCGUGGUGGUGCUGGACGCCGACAUCAACGACGCUGCGCUGCUGGAGCGGCACCUGUCCGUGGUGCCGUUCACGCACGUGCUGCGCCUCGCGGCCCAGGCGGCUCUCCUCUCUGCAUCCUUUUUUCCUACUUUCGUUUUGCGAAGUUUCUUGCGUAGUGGGAGCUGGGGCGGGAAAUGGAGGCGCGGUGGUUGGUGCGGGAAGGCCGGAUCUGACUUGAUGCGGCGGCGCAACGGCACGGGAGGCCCCCAUCGUGUGCGGGCCUCAGUCGCCGGCGUCUCCCAGAAGGAGAAACCGCAGGGGAUAACAACUGGGCCUGCCCGUUCCGGCCGUUUUCCGGUGCGGUUCCUGUGGAGGGUCACCGCCUCCGCUCGCUUCGUGCUCGGCGGCGUCGAUGGCCGGGAGUCCCCUCCCCGCCUCCCGCGCCACAAAAGUUUCAUCGCCCGCAGCGGCAUGGGAAGGUGGAGAGGAUCAACACCUGUGUGGAGGCUAGAGCGGGGCCUCAAGCAAAAGGUUAUGGCUGAGGUACGAAGAGAAGGCAUUUGUGAUUUAUGGUUGCAUGCAUCAGUAAUAGGAGGAAGCCAAAGAAUAAAAGGGCUAAGUGGCGGUUCAUGUGCUGAAGGUGAUCUCCAAGAAUAG